GUUUGAUAUUUUCCCAAAAUAUGAAUUUGGACCGCAUAUUUGUGUACCGCUUGGAGCACAUCUUGAUUAUGGGUGCUCUGGUCUGACUUCGCUCCAAUUAAAGAAACCGAUAUGAGAAUCGGAUUUCCCAGAUGGGUCUGUUCUUGCUCCUUCUUCUUGGGUCUUUUCCUUGUUGAUUCAAAAACUCACACAUCAUUUCAUGAAGAAGUCAUAAAAAGAUCAGAUUUCCCAGAUGGGUUUCUGUUUGGAGUCGCUACUUCAGCCUACCAAAUUGAAGGGGCAUAUCUUGAAGAUGGUAAAAGUCUCAACAAUUGGGAUGUAUUCGCUCUUUCCCCAGGCAACAUUGAAAAUGGCGACAAUGGAUUCAUAGCUGAUGAUCAUUACCAUCGAUAUCUGGAAGAUAUUAACAUAAUACAGUCACUUGGUGUAGAUGCUUACCGCUUCUCUAUAUCAUGGUCAAGAGUUCUUCCAAGAGGAAGAUUCGGCGAUGUUAAUCCAAAUGGGAUUCUGUUCUAUAACAAAAUCUUGGACAAUCUCUUAUUCAGAGGAAUUAGACCAUUUGUAACAAUUUACCAUUACGACUUCCCCGAAGAACUUGAAGAUCGAUACGGGUCUUGGCUCAGCCCGUUAAUGCAGGAAGAUUAUGUGCACUUUGCAGAAACAUGUUUCAAAAACUUUGGUGAUCGAGUGAAGGAUUGGUUCACUAUGAAUGAGCCAAAUUUGUUUACACAAAUGGGAUACGAGAAAGGAACGUAUCCACCCUCUCGUUGUUCACCACCUUUUGGCAAUUGUUCAUCUGGAAAUUCUGAUAUCGAGCCUUUAAUUGUAAUGCAUAACAUGUUAUUGGCACAUGGAAAAACAGUGAAGCUAUAUCGAAGAGAUUAUCAGCAUGAACAAGGUGGAUCAAUCGGGAUUGUUGUAGAUUGUUUCAUGUAUGAGCCUCUAACAGAUAAUGAUUUUGAUCAAGAAGCCGCUAACAGGAUCUUGGCUUUCAAUAUCGGCUGGGCAUUGGAUCCACUAAUUUUUGGUGAUUAUCCAUCUGAAAUGCGCAAGUAUCUUGGAGAUCAAUUGCCAAGAUUUUCUAGUGACGAAAGGAAGUUUAUGAAAGAUGGAAUUGACUUUAUAGGAGUCAACCACUAUGCUACUCUAUAUGCAAAAGAUUGUAUUCAUUCAAUUUGUAGUUUAAGUGGAAGUCGAGCAAUCCUAGGUUUUGUGGAUGCAAGUAAAGAGAGAGAUGGUAUUCCGAUUGGUGCGCCAACAGGAUUGGGAUCAUUGCGUGUAGUUCCAAGAGGCAUUAGGGAAGUGAUAGAGUAUCUAAAGAAGAGAUAUCACAACAAACCCAUGUUUGUUACUGAAAACGGGUAUUCUGAUCCGAAAGUUGAUGAUCAAGUUCAAAAUAUACUUCAAGACUUCGAUCGAAUAGAAUUUCAUAAAAUGUACAUGUCGUCUUUGGCCCAAGCGAUCAGGGAUGGAGCGGAUGUGAGAGGCUAUUUUGUGUGGACAUUAAUGGAUGAUUUUGAAUGGAGACUUGGGUACACUCCAAGAUUCGGAUUAUACUACAUUGAUCAUCAAACACUCAAUCGUAUCCCAAAAUUGUCUGCAAAAUGGUACCAAGAUUUCCUGAAAAACAAUACCCGGGCACUAGAAAUCCAAGAUUCAUAAAAUAUUCAAACUUUUAUAUAAUUCGCAUAUGUAUUACAAGAUAUUUGAUUGGUUUGUUGUAUCAUAUGAGUAGUGUGUCUUGUUGACUAUGGAACAUGAUAGGUUUUGUUGCUACACAUGCACUUGUAAGCAAUUGGACAAGUCUCGGCCUCGGCGGGUCCCAUAGAACAAAUGAACCGCACCCUAACCAAAUGGCAGGGCGAACAGGAACCGCAUGCAUGUAGACAGUCUGGCAAUCUUGAACCCGCGAUUUGUAGUGUAUCUGCUCUAUGUUUCACUAUGUCUAUCGCAUCACCAUGACCUAUAAAGAUAAGUAACAUAAGAUAAAGGGCUAAUAUCAUAAAUGGUAAUAAACUAUUUGAGAUGUUCAAAAAAAAACAUCAUCGGGUUAAAGAAAAAGAUACUAAAGAAUUUAAGGUAUUGAAAUUUUUGUUCACAAAAUACGCAUUUGGUGAACCAAAAUAUUUCACUUGCUUACUUCCUUAUGCUACUUUUAUAGUACAAUUGUGACUUUGAACCCUUUAAGAUGAAAAAGAGAGCGACAUGUCAUAAACAAAGAUGGGAAUGAUGACAUAAAGAAUUGAAAGGAAUGAAAGGUUACCCAUGAGAAGAAGACAGGAUGCCAGGAGCACAGAAGAGAAUAAAUGGUUCAUUUUUGCUAAUUGUGUGUGUAAAUUGGUGAAAUGUGGGGGUAUAAAAGGAAAUUUGAAGAAUAAAGUGAGUCACAAGGAAGUAGCUUUUCUCACAAGAUAGAAAUGCCUUCACAUGGUUUUUUACCAUGUAGUUAUAUCUAAUGGACUAAUGUUCAACCCAUUCAAUUUCAAGGCCGAUUCCAUGUUUAAUUCGGUCACUAUCAUUCAAUUCCAAUGACAUGUUUACUUCGGUCACUAUCAUUCUCCCUCCUUGUCCUACCCCAAUUCAUUUUUAUAAAAGUAGGA